CAUCGGACCGCGCAGUGUGUAGCGGCUGCGUUACCAGACAAGGGAGGGGGGUCAGCCUUCAGUGGAGGCCGGGGUGGGGUGGUGGGCACACGAGGGAGGGAGGUGUCACCUCCUUGGGUCCUGCUGGGAGGUGGACCCGCUGGUGCCACGGCUGAGGCGGACCUGGCCUUGCAGCGCUUCCGGGCCUCCGUGUACAGACGGUACAACGACUUCGUGGUCUUCCACGCGCUGCUGCUGCAGAAGUUCCCCUACCGCAUGGUGCCUGCCCUGCCGCCCAAGAGGAUGCUGGGAGCGGACAGGGAGUUCAUCGAGGCGCGGAGGAGGGCGCUGAGGCGCUUCAUCAACCUGGUGGCCCGGCACCCCCCCUUCUCGGAGGACGAGUUCCGGGUGCUGUGUGUGCCGUGUGCUGUGUGUGCCGUGUGUGUGGCGAUGUUUGUUUCUCUUACCCACGCUGGGGUGCAGGGCCCCGGCUGGUCUCCACAGGACCUGGAUUUGGGAGCCCGUGUCCUCUGGGUCUCCUGUGCUGAGAGCGUCCACGUGUGGCAGUUCAUGGUCACAACCUCCCUCUCCCCCCGCCAGGACUUCCUCCCCGCGGACAUCCAGACGCAGUUCGCGGUCAGCCGGGAGCUGGUCCGGAGCGUCUACAACAGCUUCUACAAGCUCCGCGACCGGGCCGAGCGGAUGGCGGCCAGGGCCAUCGACAAUGCUGCGGACCUCCUCACCUUCGGGAAGGAACUGAGCGCUUUAGGGUCCGACACGACCCCGCUCCCCUCCUGGGCCGCUCUGAACAGUAGCACGUGGGGGUCCCUGAAGCAGGCGCUGAAGGGCCUGUCCGUGGAGUUCGCUGUGCUCGCAGACAAGGCCGCGCAGCAGGGCAAACAGGAGGAGGACGCCGUGGUGGAGAAGCUGAACCUCUUCCUGGACCUGCUCCAGUCCUACAAGGACCUGUGUGAGCGGCACGAGAAGGGCGUGCUGCACAAGCACCAGCGGGCCCUGCACAAGUACAGCCUCAUGAAGCGGCAGAUGAGCGCCGCCGUGCACAGCCACGAGCCCGAGUCCGUGGAGCAGCUGGAGUCACGCAUCGUGGAGCAGGAGAACGCCAUCCAGACGAUGGAGCUGCGGAACCACUUCUCGCUGUUCUGCCUGCACCAGGAGACGCAGCUGGUGCACGCCUACCUGCCCCUCACCUCCCACAUCCUCGGGGCCUUCGUCAGCUCCCAGAUCCAGGGCCACAAGGAGAUGAGUAAGGUGUGGAACGACCUGAAGCCCAAGCUGCACUGCCUGUUCUCGGGACCCGCCAGCGCCCUGACCCCGCCUCGGUCCCCGCGGGAUGGCCUGUCUCCGCACUAGUGCCGAGAGGACCCGGCGCCCCCACUAAAACGUCUUUCCAAACGCCUCUCUUCCUCGUGGCGUGUGGGACCGACCGGAGGGGAGGCUCUGACGACCGCGGCUGUAGAGGGGCUGCCCACGCCGGGCUCAGCCUGGUCCGUGCCACUCCCUCCCCUGCGCCCAGCAGUAACCAGACACUCGUCACCAUUGGGCCUAAGGCGCAGAGCCUGAGGCGUGCGGGACUCGCUGACGCUGAGGGUGGGUCUGCAGCCGGGCCUCUCCUGUGAGUCAGCCCGGCGAGGGAAGCACUUUACGCCCCGAAUCCGUGACUGCCACAGCAACUGGAGUUGUUUACAAACGGUCCACAGUCCCAGGUUUUUGCCAAGAAACUAACAUGAACUGUUAUUAAACGUAUUUAUAAAAGUUG